AUGGCCACCGCGCCCGGGGAGCGCCUGCGAGAGGAGGCGCGGUGCUCCGUGUGCCUGGACUUCCUGCAGGAGCCCAUAAGUGUGGAUUGCGGCCACAGCUUCUGCCUGCGGUGCAUCUCCGAGUUUUGCGAGAAGUCAGACAGCGCGCAGGGCGGCGUCUACGCCUGUCCCCAGUGCAGGAGUCCCUUCAGGCCCGCCAGCUUCAGGCCCAAUCGGCAGCUGGCCAGUCUGGUGGACAGCGUGAGGCAGCUGGGGUUGGGUACAGGACACCCCGGGACGCGCCAGUGCACGCGGCACGGCGAGGACCUGAGCCGCUUCUGCGAGGAGGACCAGACGAUGAUAUGUUGGGUCUGUGACACUAGCCCCGAACACCGGAGCCACCACACUGAACCGCUGCAGGAGGCUGCCAGCCGCUACCAGAGGAUGCUCCAAGCCGCUUUGGAACUUGUGAGGAAGGAAAUGGAGGAGACUCUGAUGCAGGAGACCAACGUGGGGAAGAAGACCGUCAUUUGGAAGGAGAAAGUAGAGACGCAGAGACAGCGUUUCAGGCUGGAGUUCGAGAAACACCGGGGUUUUCUGGCCCAGGAGGAACAGCUGCAGCUGAGGCGGCUGGAAGAGGAGGAGCGAGCAACCCUGCAGAGGCUGCGAGACAGUCGGAACAGGCUGGUCCAACAGAACAAGGCCCUGAAGGAGCUGGCUGAAGAGCUGCAGGAGAGGAGCCAGCGGCCAGCCCUGGGGCUGCUGGAGGGAGUCAGAGGAGUCUUGACCCGAAGCAAAGCUGUCUCACGGCUGGAACCAGAGGCCAUCCCCUUGGAGCUGAAGACGGUGUGCCGCAUCCCCGGGAUGAGGGAGAUGCUGAAGAAAUUCCAAGUGGACGUGAAGCUGGAUCCCGCCACUGCGCACCCCAGCCUGCUCCUGACCGCCGACCUACGCAGUGUGCAGGACGCAGAGGUCUGGAGGGACGUCCCAAGCAACCCUGAACGCUUUGAUACCUGGCCCUGCAUCCUGGGCCUGCAGGGCUUCUCCUCCGGAAGACACUACUGGGAAGUCAUCGUGGGGGAAAGGGCAGAGUGGGGGCUAGGGGUGUGCCAAGACUCGCUGCCCAGAAAGGGGGAAACCACACCAUCGCCAGAGAACGGCGUCUGGGCCAUGUGGCUGCUGAGGGGAAGCGAGUACAUGGUCCUGGCCUCUCCGGUGCCUGUGCUCCAAGAUGAGCGACCUCGCCGCAUCGUCUUUCUGGACUACGAAGCAGGCGAAAUCUCCUUCUACAACAUCACAAACGCUUACAUCUACACGUUCAGCCAUCUCUUCUCCGGCAUUCUCAGGCCCUACUUUUUUGUCUGUGACACGACCCCUCUUAUCUUGCCACCCAUGGCCGAAGCAGGGCCUGGAAACUGGGCCCCCAGGGGUCUCCUUGAUCUCGCUGCUGCUGUUAGAAGUGAGGAAUACUGA